GUGCUGUGUGUUGUUUGCUCGGAGCGGUGACUGCUCCACGGACAAACGUGCCAGCCAGAGCGAAGAGCAGACGACGCAUACAUUUCGUUCAUAAUACCUCCACGAACUUUGACAAGCGUGAGAAUUUGUUUUGCCCCGACCGAGUGAAGUCAUAUCACACGCGGAGCUCCGCUCUUCUACUGCUGCUGUGUAGUAGUCCACUGUGAACUGUUCGAUUGUUUUUCUCUUGCUGCACUGUUGCCUACAUGUGUCGAUUUAGACGCAUUGUAGUGAAGUGAAAACUAUUUUGCUACAUGUUGCUGUCUCAACAACCCCACGGCCUAGCCAUGCAUCGACAGCAUUGUUACCUGUGUGAUCUACCUCGGGCACCAUGGGCUCUGCUGCACGAUUUUUCCGAGCCCGUUUGCCGUGGAUGUGUGAAUUAUGAGGGUGCCGAUCGCAUCGAAAGUGUGUUAGAAGGGGCUCGUCAGAUGAAGAGGGCACAUAGUUUUCAGGAGACAAAAUCUUACCAGGGACACAAACCGGGACAGAUACCAUUGAUGCCUCCUCAAUCUGUAAGUGUACCGCCCCGACCCUCUGCUUUGGAGAGUGCAAAUGUUAAUCAUGUUGAACCAUCGCCAAGAAAUCCACCUGGCUCGGUGACUACACAUAUACACGGUGAGCGAUUCGUCACCCACGAACCUAGCCGAGCCCGAAGUAUUCAUGAUUUCUCUACAGCCCAAAAAUUCGGAUAUCCAUCCAGUGAAGAAGGCGCUCCUGGAGAGGGAAAACAUUUAUGUCGAGGUUCUCUCACACCAGUAUCUGCACCACACAUGGCCCCCAACCUGCUCCACCACCUCAACGCGCCUCCUGUUUCUAGCGCUGUGUUUACCCCACGACAUACCGUUGCACCUUCUGCAGCAGGUAAGACCGCACCACCGACCACCACGCCAGGGAGCGGCGGGACGAAAAGGAGUCAUGCAGAUCGUGAGAGAGAGGACAAAGAAAGUUCUGCAUCCUCUCACUCUGAGAGUGAGCGUCGUGUAACACCUGUAGUUGAUGAUCCGUAUGGACAGAAGCCGAGCACAGUUCGGCAAACCUUGGCCACUCUGUCCACGUGUACACCUUUCGAAGUGCGAUUUAAGAAGGACCAUUCGUUACGAGGCCGCGUCUUUGCAUUUGAUGCUGUAUACCGUCCUGGAUUGGACUAUGAAGUCAAAAUUUAUAUUGAAUAUCCGAGUGGGUCAGGACAGGUGUAUCCUAGUGCAUCAGGAGUCGCUAAACAGAUGUAUCAGGACUGUGUCAAAGAUAUUGGUAAGAGCCUCUCCUCUGGUUAUAAGUAUCUUGAAUAUGAGAAAAAGCAUGGUUCCAAUGAUUGGCGGCCAUUGAGUGACCUUCUGCCAGAAUCAGUGCGCUAUUUCAAGGAUAUGGUGAGCGUUGAAAGUUUGCCACAACCUUACAUUGAUGCUGGCUGCCCCGUGUUGCCUAUCAUGACGUCAACCCAUCCCUCCCGCUCGUUUACUCACAAGAGUAAGAAACUGAAAUCAUCACCAGAGCCUCCUGAAGGAGAUCAAGGGAAACUUACGGAGGAGCAACAACAACGUCAGCAAUGGAUGCAGAGCCAGGCUGAAGCUCUCAAACUGACCAUGUCUGCAGGUGGGUUUAGUGGUUCCCGUCCACCUAGCACUGCUACAUCUCCCAUGAGUAAUCCUGCUUCAGCCGGUACACCUCCUGAUGGAAGCUCUUCUCAUGGUGGGCCUUCGCCAAUGGCUGCACUUAUGUCUGUCACUGAUAAUCUGGGCACACCAACCUCACCAACCAACAAGAGUGAUUCUGGAUCUUCCUCCAUGCGGCCACCCAGCAACCCUGCAUCAGGAUCCAGUGAGAAGUCACAGCGUAGCCCCCACUCUCCUACCACUGCACAGAGGAGAGCCAUGUAUCGCAGUAAGGAGUUGUCACAGGCUACGAUUCCUCAUGGCCAGGAGGCUAGUGUGACCUCAAACACCUCCAAUCUACCUGACUCUUCUAUGCACAUGAUCAACAUCCUCAAAUGUACUCUUUGUCAUGAGCGUCUCGAAGACACUCAUUUUGUCCAGUGUCCGUCCGUUAGCAACCACAAAUUCUGUUUCCCCUGCUCGAGGGACAGUAUUAAGAAGCAGGGGUCUGGGUCAGAGGUUUACUGUCCCAGUGGAGCCAAGUGUCCGUUAGCCGGUACCAACACUCCAUGGGCCUUCAUGCAGGGAGAAAUUCUAACCAUCCUAGGUGAAGAAGUUAAAGUGAAGAAAGAGCGGGAUUCUUAGAUAGCUCGUUUGGAAGAAUAUUCUUGACUUUUGAGAACUGACUGAGAUAUUGUUUAUAAUUCUUCACAAAUUGUUAACCUUUUCCCUCUAGAAAUCGUGUGUUUUGUUUGUAUAUAGUGCAUCAUAUGUUAAAAAUGGGUGAUACCACUUAUAAUGCACUUUUAAACUGCCAUGACGUCACUGCUGGACAGUAUCAUGUGUUCGUGUAUAUUUCUUGUUAAUGCAGCUGUACAUGUACAUAGCAUAUAUUUUUGUGGUAACCGGUCUAUAUAAGCUCUUUUAUCACAAUUUUCAUAGUCUGUUGAAAGUAACAAAUAGAAUUCUAUCACCUUGCAAAAUAUUUUUUAAAGAUUUUCUUUUUCGUUAUUGUUCAUGUGUUUGCAUUGUAUACUACAGUGGGAUCAAACAAAAUUGAAAAGUUUAAUCAUGUCAUCAUUAAAAAACAACUCACAAGUAAAAGCAAGAGUGCUUUACAUUGUAUGUUGCGGUCACGCUGUUCAUUAUUAAAGUAAAGAUUGUUUGCUCUGUGAUGACACAUUUAGUAUUGGAAUAAAUAUUCAGAAAAAUAAAAAAAUAAAAACGGGCAACGUAAAUGAAUCUGGCAAACAUAUUUCAUUUUGGUUAUUAUUUCAAAUAUCUUUGAAUGUAUAUUUCACUUGUCUGUAAAAUAGAAUAUAGUUGCAUUGUAGGCAAAUAUACUUUUGCUUCAAGCGAGGCAAGAAUGAUUGAUAAAUUCGCACCACUCGUCGUAUGCUAAUUCAUUGCCAUACUUUAUUUUUACUUGACACGAUAACAAUCUUUUUACGGAAUAUUCUUGAGAUCUCAUGUGUGUAAAAUUCUUUUUUUAUUUAUUUUUUUUGGUGGGGGGGGGGGGGGGAGAGGAGGGACUCAGAGAUACCAAGGUGUUAUCCGUGUCAAGAUUUCUCUUUGCAAUUCAAGUAAAAACAAGUGAUCAAAAUCAAAUAUUAAGAUGGUCAUUAUUUUGUAUGCAAUUGCUUUUUACUGUCGCGUCUAAUGUUGACCCAUGCCAUUUAAGGAUCGAUUUGUUGUUGGGCCUAUAUGAUGCUAAAUUGAUUUUGUAAUGCAAUAUGUAUAAUUCAUAAUGACAAUUUGACCCGUAUUUUGUGAAGAUUAUUGGCUCAUGAGUUCGACAUUUUUUUCUUUAAAAAAGUAACAUGAAAUUCAAACAAUACGAUCAUUUCACUAUUGAAAUUAUACGUUUGUUACUUUUUUAUGUUAUCGAAUCAAGCGAUUCAAUUAAUAAUCGUAGAGUUAACACAACAUAGUCUCGAAUCUAGGAAACGACCCACUGUGCACUUGUGAAAUAUACAAAAAAUGAUAGUAUACGUUAGGUUGAAUUUACUUAUAUCUUGUGGCUUCAACACCGCUUUAAAAACUCCACUGUCAUGUUCUUAUACCUUGUGAAACAUCGUAAUCUCUAUUGCUCACAAUAUGAUAUCUGUCUCCUACUCUCCUUAUUGUUGCUUAUUGUCCCCAUGUGUACAUUGCUAAUAAUAUUGAUAAGUCCAUAUAACUUGUCUGACUCACUAAUACGUGACUUUUGUAUUGAUUGUAAACGUACACUCCGUAUAUUAUCAUGUCGAUAAUAAAACCAAAAGAAAAGAUCUAUUAGACAAACACU